ACGUACUGUACUGUGACAUAAUGGUCGGACAUGUUGAUCCGUGCUAAAAAGUGAUUGCGCUUUCUGUGAGACAGAAACUGGAAUUUUCAGAGAUAUUUGAUUUUCGUGAUCUUUCACAAGACUAUACGAACUGUGUACAAUUUUGAGUUGAUGAGUUUUAUGGUGCUGUGAAUAAUUUUGAAUUUCUUAGCAUGGAGAGGUAUACGUGCAGAACUUGCCUAUCCAUCGCCGACGUCGAUGAAUCUUUGGAAAUUUUAGAAAAAUAUUUUCCAAAAAAAACUAUAAAAGAUGUUCUACUUCAAUAUGUCCCUCAAAUGGAAAAUUCUUUAUCUGAUAGCGAUAGGAUUUGUGUUAUAUGUUUUCAAACAUUAAAAAAUUUUGUGGAGUUUAUUGACAAAUGCAUCGAGAUAGAAGAGCACUUGAAAAAUAAUGAGGAUGUAAUUGAAGAAAUUGAGGACAAUAAUGAUAGUACAAUUGAAAAUAUUCAUAUUGUCUUGGAUGAUGACUUAAAACCAUGCUUUGGAGAUGUAGUAAGCAGGGGAAAACCCAUAACAGUGAGUGUAGAUCAUGACCAUUCUUAUAUAAAGUUUGACUCUACAAAUAAAACUUUGGACACAUCUAGUAUAAAUUGUAAAGAAGAUACUAGUAAUCAUGUCUAUGACCAAGAAGAUAGUUUUGAUGGCAUAGGAAAUCUAAAAUUUAUUCCAGUUGCUACAGUUAGUGAUGAUAUGUUAGAUGGACAAUUUAUAGAAGCUUGCAGCUCACAGGCACACAAUGAAUUACAUCCAAAUAUAACCAUAUUGGCAACAGGUGAUGAAUUGAUUGAUUCAGCAAUUAUUCAAAUCAAAGAAGAAUCAAAUGGAGAAUCAUCAGAUGAUAUUGAACAGAUGGAGUAUCAAUCAAUUGACGAAAAACCAACUACAUGUGCCUGUGAAUUUUGUGGAGUUGAGUUCAUAUCUGAAUAUGUAUUGAAAGAACACUAUCUUACUCAUGGAGAAGUCAGACUAAUGUGUGACAAAUGUCCCAAAAUUUUUAAAAAUGAUAGUGCUUUAAAAGCUCAUUACAGGUUGAAACAUAUGGAAGUAGAACGGUUCAAAUGUGAUAUUUGUGAUCAAGUAUUUGGUAGGGCGGAUUACCUUAGGAAUCAUCGCAAACGACACGAAGAUGAUAACCAACGGGAUAGAGAUAAUGUAAAAUGUAGAGUUCCUGGAAAAUUUCUUCGGUUUAAGAAUACAGAUGAUCCGUUACCUUGUAAAAUAUGUGGAAAAUACUAUAAUGGUAUACAAAAAUUGAAGGUGCAUCUUCAAACCCAUUUAGUGGUCAAAAGAUUUGCUUGUAAAUAUUGUGACCUAACAUACAAAAGAUGGCCUAGCUUGAAAAGGCAUGAAAAAACUCAUUUGGAAGCGGACACUUUCUUUCAUAGGUGUAAUGUAUGCUGGAAACGAUUCUACACCAAAGAAGAAUUGGAGUUUCAUAUGACUCAGCACGGGAAUCCCAGGUAUCGCUGUCAAGUAUGUGACGAACAGUUCCAUCGUAAAUAUUUAUUUGACAAUCAUUAUUUACUUAAACAUGCAACUCUUGAAGAUAUUGAAAAUUCCAAGAAAGAAGUUAUAUAUGAUACAUUAUUAGAAUUAUCCAACCAAAACCUUCUUGUACCAAAUAAAACUGAUGAAUAGAAAUAGUUUUAGUAUAAUGUGCCAUAAACUAUUAAAUAUAUCUUUAGUUAUAUAC